GUUCUCAAAACUUUACAUAGCAAAAACAGUGAGAAAGUCUACCUGAGAAUCGCUGUGUACAAAGGGUUUUUUUUUGUAAUUUGACCAGAGAGCAAAAACCAAGUUCCUAGCUGUGGAGAAAUUUAAAUUAAUGUUAAAAGUAGGAUAUAACCGCUUGAAGACAGCAGAAUUUACAAGAAUGGACUUGGAACUCGAUUAAAUUGUGAAAUUUUCUUGGAAAACUUGAGAACCAGAACUUCCAAGACUCUUAACUCCCGUUGAAGAAGAGAGUAAAAUAUCUUGGAAAAGAAACAGAGAUCGGAUUUUUACUGUUUGUUUGAACCUUGCUAGAAAGAAUCUCUGUACUAUUAAACAAACAUGUGACUGCUUUUCUGGAGAGGAAGGGGAGAAAAAGAGACACACACCCCUCCCCAUGGUCACAUAAAAGACUGCGGGGUAUCUUGAGGAAUGCAGAAAUCAGAAACUACGAACUGAGUUUAAAUGAAUCCCAAAGUCAUUGAGGUGGGCGGGUUUGAGGGAUCCAGCGUGGUCGUGAAAUAAUCGAAUACUCAGGAUUUGGCAAGAAGGGAUGAUAAAAAUCCAAGCAUUUGGCCUGGCCACCCAAAUUUGCAAUCCCUAGAAGGGAUCAAAGUCUGCUUCUAGUCUGAAACUUACCCAAAAGCAAGGAAAUCUGUGGAGGGACGGGAAGAAGGAGAAACCUCAAAAUAAACUGACUUCAAAACGAUCUGAUUUUUCAAACAACAGCUGUUAGUGGAACCCUCCCAAGUGCGAGGAAACAAAUUGCCAACACCCCCUUUUCCAGCCUUUUUGUCAAUAUCCUAGGGCUGCAAAACGCUCCCCCCACCCCCAAUUCCCUCCUCCCUAGGCAGCAAGGGCCAAUCGACAUUCAUGGGUGUGUGUGGCUAAUGAAAUCCCAUUUCUAUCUUUUUUUUUUUUUUUUUUUAAACAAGAGACUGAAGAGGAGGGUUUGAAAUAUUCUUGCAAGCAAUCUGCUCUCAGCGCUUGGCGCUGCAGUACGAAAGAACCAACCCACUCAGCAAGGAGUCUGUGUGGAAAGGGAGGAGAAAGGUGGGGGGUGGAUUUAGCAGACACUCCAACGUGGAUAAGCUUUCAAGCCUGCUCUCUGAUACAUUCCUGGCCAAGGCGAUGCUUAUUGCAAGAGCUGUGCUGACUUGUUGCAAGGAUCUGUCUUAAAAGAGGGGGGGAAAUCAAUCCACAGACUGUUCAUCUGUUCCCUCAGCGCCCCCCCCCCCGCUUUGCUCAAGCGUGGAUCUAUAGUCCAUUUAGCUGCAUUCAAAUCCACUCUGAUUUUGGAGGAGAUCUGACAAUUUGAUGGGGACUAAAAGCAGCUUGGUGUUUGGGGGGCGAUCUCGGGGGGAUUUUGGAGGGGACUGAAGAGGGGUGGAUUUGCAGUGCAAUCAUGCAGAGGGCCAGCGUGAUGGGAAUGCCUAGCCCGGAACCCAGUGGAUCUUAUUCCCAGCAGUUCAAAGCCAUGAGGUUCUCCUAUCACAUCGAAGGGGGAGCAGCUACUUCACCCCAGAUCCGAGCCGGUCCUGCUCAGCCCCAUCGGCUCCUGGUCAAAAGCCUUUCGUUAGAGCCCAGUCCAGAACAUUGUGCUCCAGAAGCACCUCAGCGACUCAUCUCUGAUCCAGGACCUGACAGCAGUGAAGCAGAAGCAGCCAAACACCGGCCACAGAAACGACCCCCAGGACCAAAACCACAAGUCCCUCCCAAGCCAGCCCAUCUGCAGGGUAUCCAGCCACCACGAUUCCCUGAAUCCAUCCCUCCGCCCCCAUCACGGCCCCUUCCAGCUGACCCCCGCUUGAGUCGCAGCCCCCUGCAGAAGGAUGGCGCAGGGCUGUUAUCUGCCGUCUCGUCCCUCAUUGAGAAGUUUGAAAGGGAACCUGUAAUCCUGACUGUGGAGCAGGCCCCCUCACCGUGUCCCAGCCCAGAACCCCCAGCCCCAGAGACAGGUUCCAUGGAGCCCUUGCCGGAUCGCCCAGCUUCAUUGGAAUCGGCAGAUCUGGCUCACAAACUCCUGGACCUCCUGGCACUGGAGGGGGGACAGGAGGCUGUGGGGAGCGCUGCCUGCCUGCCGUCGCACGAUGGUGGGAAGCUGGCUAACCGAGACAGUGGCAUUGACAGCAUCAGCUCACCAUCCAACAGUGAGGAGAUCUGCUUUGGGGGUGAAGAGGGGGCAGGUGAGGGAGCAGGGGCGGCCGGGCCUCUUGCUGUCCUCAAACGCCGCUCGACCCGUGAUUCUGAGGGGGACAGUGACAUGGACGAUGGCAGUGGGGAUGAGGCUGAGCUCCUGCCAGAACUCCCACCACCCCAGGCAGAGAGACAGGACUCCGAUGAGAUGACUGUUCCACAGAAGGUUUUUCGAAUUGCGAAUGAGCUUCUCCAAACAGAAAAGGCCUAUGUGUCCCGCUUGUAUUUGCUGGACCAGGUCUUCUGUGCCCGUCUGCUGGAGGAAGCACGCAAUCGAAACUCCUUCCCAGCUGAUGUGGUGAUGGGCAUUUUUGCAAACAUCUGCUCAAUUUACUGCUUCCACCAGCAAUUCCUGCUUCCAGAACUGGAGAAACGUAUGGAAGAAUGGGACCAACACCCUCGCAUUGGGGAUAUCCUCCAGAAACUGGCUCCUUUUCUCAAGAUGUAUGGCGAAUAUGUCAAAAACUUUGACCGUGCUAUGGAGCUUGUCAACAUCUGGAUGGAGCGUUCAGCACAAUUCAAGGGCAUUAUCCAUGAAGUACAGCGGGAAGAGAUAUGUGGGAACCUGACCCUACAGCACCACAUGCUGGAACCAGUCCAGAGAAUCCCUCGCUACGAGCUCCUGCUGAAGGACUAUCUCCUCAAACUGCCUCAGGAUUCGCCUGAUUGCAAGGAUUCCCAGAAAUCGCUGGAACUUAUUGCGACAGCAGCAGAACAUUCAAAUGCAGCCAUCCGCAAAAUGGAGAGGAUGCACUCACUGCUGAAGGUGUACGAGCUACUUGGAGGUGAAGAAGACAUUGUCAGUCCCACGAAUGAGCUCAUCAAGGAAGGGCACAUUCUGAAGCUUUCUGCCAAGAAUGGUACCACACAGGACCGGUAUCUGAUUCUGUUCAAUGACCGGUUGCUGUACUGUGUGCCAAAGCUACGUCUCAUUGGCCAGAAAUUUGGAGUCCGUGCUCGGAUAGACGUCGAGGGGAUGGAGUUGAAAGAGACCAGCAGCCUCAACGUACCCCGGACCUUCCUUGUAUCAGGGAAGCAGCGAUCCCUAGAGCUUCAGGCCAGGACUGAAGAGGAGAAACGAGAUUGGAUCCAGGCAAUACAGGCAACAAUCCAGAAGCAUGAACAGACUCUGGAGACAUUCAAGCAGCUGGUCAGCGAGGAGGAGACGCCCCCCAAUUCGCCUGGAUGCGAGCUAGGCCGGCGGGCACCCACGCCGAUCCGGGAGAAGGAGGUGACCUUGUGUAUGCAGUGCAAAGAGCCCUUCAAUGCCCUCACCAAGCGGAGGCACCAUUGCCGGGCCUGUGGCCAUGUUGUCUGUGGAAAAUGUUCAGAAUUCCGAGCCCGCCUGGUAUAUGACAACAACCGGCCCAACCGUGUCUGUACCGACUGCUAUACAACGCUACAGGGCUCCCCUGCCAGCCCCACCCCACACCCCAAUACGCCUCAGCGCCGGAGAUCCAUUCUGGAGAAACAGGCUUCUGUGGUGGCAGAGAACAGUGUGAUCUGCAGCUUCUUGCACUACAUGGAAAAAGGAGGGAAGGCCUGGCACAAGGGCUGGUUUGUCAUCCCUGAAAACGAACCCCUGGUGUUGUACAUCUAUGGAGCCCCACAGGAUGUGAAGGCCCAGCGCUCAAUGCCUCUAAUCGGUUUUGAGGUGAACCUCCCUGAGUCUGGUGAGCGGGUGGAUCGGCGCCAUGCCUUCCGGAUCAGCCAGAGUCACCUGUGCUGGUACUUCAGCCCUGAAACGGAAGAGCUAAGACAGCGAUGGAUGGAAGUGCUGAGCCGGGCAGGCCGCGGAGAAGAAGGCAAGGGACCACCUUCCAUCCUGGAAGCAGAUGAGGAUAUGGAUGCAGAGAGAACCUAGACACAGAGGCUGGGAAAUUAGAAGCAACUGACUCUGCCCACCCUGGGAACUGCUCCCUGUUCUCUGACCAGUAUACUUGAACGUCUUCUCUCUCUUCAGCACUUUCUCCCCUUCCUCCUUUCAUUCCUUCCUUCGUCAGCAUCAGCCACCUGCCAUGGGUCAUCUCCUGCCUCAGUUACCAAGGCCAGUCCCUAGCUGUGACCUUCCUUCUCAUUGCCACCUGCAGAGAUGCACUGAGAUUGCUCCAGGCCCGUUCCUGUCCCCAGCGGUAGCCUUUGGUAGCCCAGACUGGCCUCUUCUUUCCUCCCAUCCUCUACACAGGGAGAAACUGAUCCAAGAGGAUGGAUUCCUUCUCCCACUUUCCAGUGCUUCUUCCUUGAUUAUAGACCAAUAUUUGUUCUUCCACUCCCCACUGCUAAUUUAGCACUUACUGAACACGUAUUAAUUGCAGUGGUUUGGGGUGGGGUGGGAACAAGCUGAACAACAAGCAUGGAACCAGUUCUUUCAGUGGAAUGGAUGGGUGUGUGGGUCUAUUGAGAAUUAGUCUGCUUCCUUUGUUAUCCUGCCCCAUGUUUGUGUAAGAGGUGGAAUUUUCCUAGUGCGAUGCCUCCUCAUGCUCACAACCGCUUUGAGGCACAAAAGGCUGAUCUCACCCUGCCUCAGAUUUAACCAAUGGGCUGCCUUGUGUUAAGACUUGAAGCCUCUCUUCUUAAGAACAGAACCAUCUCUCCUGAAGCACAUAUAGGCUGGGAGACCAGAGCUAGUCUGAAGAAGGUCAACUACCUAGGCAAUUUCCCUUGGUUUGCAACAUGCCAGAAUCCCCUUUCAGAUGAGCCAGCCCUUCUUUCUUAAAGGCAAGCCACCUUACUGAGUUGCCACAACCCAUCAUUAAUUUUUUCUCUCUCUACCAUUUCUCUGGGAUCCAACAGGGGACAACCUACCCAAGAGUACUCCUGUACAAGCCAUGCUAAAGUGACUAGAGCUGCAUAACAUUGCAGGUAACAUUUAUGCAAUGCCCAUUCUGCCAGUUGAUGGCUGUGACUCCAUAUAGAAAAGGGUAGAUUGUGCUCCAAGGUGCUUCUGUAACAUACAGUAAAAGCACAUACAGCUCCAGUUAAAUUAGGUGGUAAUUUCAAAAGGGAAUAAGACAGCCAUCACUGUUAUAUCAUCGGGGGGAAACCUGGGAAAUGGAGCAUUGGUUUCACUUACCUUGAAGGCUUCUUCUGGUUGCUGGGGCCAGGGACAUCUCAUGGGUUUUCCCUCUCAGGAGCUCCCAGGCAGGAUAGAAAGUGAUUUGUUAAUACAAAAAGACGCCCACUUGAGCCUGAGAGGGAAAAGCACAGUUCUUUUGGGCCGAGACAGUAGAAAAAAAACAGGCAGGUAGAGUAAUAAAAAUAUAACAUUAACAUCAGAAAGUCUGUAAUAAACAGGUCUCUUAGAACUUGUCACCGGGAGCAAACCAGAGCGCCCUGAACAACCAGGUGGGUCGAGAUGUCCCUGGCCCCAGUAACCAGAAGAAGCUUUCACAGUAAGUGAAAUCAAUGCUCCGUUCUCGUUUGCUGAGGCCAGGGGCAUCUCAUGGGACAUACCACAGCUGGCCAUUCAGGGCGGGAGCACUCUGGUCUACGACCGAGGGAGAACCUGCUGCAACACACGCCUGCCGAAGGCGGCCCUGGCAGAGGCAUAUUCGUUGAGCUUAUAAUGCCUGUUAAAAGUGGACAGAAGGGCUUUGCAAAUUUCCUUGACCGGAGCCGCCUGUCGCUUCAGCGUGUUUGGACGAAGGCCCUUCUCCAGUCCUUCUUGUAGGAACCGUAAAAGAUGUUGCUAGGUGGCUAUUCCCCUCAGGAUAGAGUGGCGAGCCGCCCACCACAGGAAGGUCCUCCACGUAUACUGGUAAAUCCUCUCUGCUGAGGCCUUGCAUGAAGCCAGCAUAGUGUUUAGGACCCCUUGGAAUAUCCGUGUUGGCUCAGAAGUUUCUGCUCAGUUUCCAAACGGCAGGUCGUGACCAACACAGAUCCAGAUGAUGAACCGCAGUUCCCAAGGCGGUUCCAUCGCUAGGUGGAUCAGCUCCAGAAACCAAGGUCUCCUGGGCCAGAACAGCCCCACCAACAGGACCUUGGUGCGUAGAAGGUGCACUCUUCACAAUACCCUGGCCAGAAAGAAGGGCGUCUGGCCACAGACUGAAUAGGGCAUCCACUGCUGUCGCCCCCCUGCAAGGGAACCGGGCCAUGAAUGCGGAGAGCUUUGCAUUUUCUGGAGUUGCGAAAAGGUCCAUUUCGGGCCUCUCCAUCUGCUCCAUUAUCUGCGUGAACACUGCCGGAUUGAGGGACCACUCUCCCAGCUUAGCCAGUCUGCCACCAGGUUUAGUUCCCCCUUGUCGUGGUGAGCUAUCAGGGAAAGCAAGUUCUUCUCUGCCCACACCAGCAGGGUCACGGACUCCAGAUGCAGAGACCUGGACCUGGUCCCCCACUGCUUGUUCACGUACGCCUUGGCUGUUGUGUUGUCGGUCUUGACUAACACAUGGGUCCCCUUGAGAGUCUCUUGAAAGGCCAACAAAGCUAGCCGAAUGGCGUGAAGCUCCUGCCACUUGAUACUGUGGGCCUGCUCCUCGGCGUUCCAUCGACCUUGCGUGGACAGGUUGAGGCAGUGGGCUCCCCAGCCCCUGUUGCUGACAUCCGUCAUAACAAUGACCCUCCGGGGGUCCAGAAAAGUCUUGCCCUGAUUCAAGUUGUUGAGUUCCAGCCACCAGCACUGAGAGCGGUGAAGAGAGUCUGGUAGUGUCAGGAGCAUCUUCCUCUUCUUCGCAAUCGCCAACUGGUGAGGCAGAAGAAACCAUUGAAGGCCCCGCAGGUGCAGCUGGGCCCAAGGCAUCGAAUCCAGGCUGGCCACCAUCAGGCCCAGUAGUCUUGUCAGGGAGGAAAGCGGUGUUCUGGGAGCCACAAGCACAAGCCAAAGUUCUGACUGGAGUGUCUGAAGACAGUCCGAAGGCAGGAAGAUCCGAUCUGCUUGAGUCUCUAAGAUGACUCCCAGGUGGCGUAGUUUGUGACAGGCCGUCAACUUAUGAUGAAUCCGUGACUUGCUACAGUCGUGAUGGUGAGUGCCAAGUCCCAUUCGGCCUCCGGUAGAGAGCAAGCCUGCAGCAACAGAUCGUCUCUAAAUAAGCAAACAGGCAAAUUCCCUUCAGAAAGAGGUGUACCACUAGCGGAGCUAAUAGCUCCGUAAAAACGCAUACUGAAAAUACUCGAUACUGAAAAUGUUGCCCCGCAUACUUGAAGCGCAGAAAUUGCCUGCUAUCCGGGUGGAUGGGGACAUGCAGGUAGGCCUCUUCCAAGUCUAUAGAUGUGAACAGGUCCAGGUGGAACAGGGCCUCUGAGACCGACCUGAGCGUCUCCAUGCAAAAAUGGCUCCUCCGAACCCAUUUGUUUAAAAACUUUAGGUCCAGAACAGCCCUCCUGGACCUGUCCCUCUUUGGUAUGGUAAACAAAAUAGAGUAGACUCCCUCUCCCUCCUGUGAGGCCGGCACCCUUUCUACCGCUCCGAUGACCUGGAGGUGUUGAAUAGCCUGGAUCAUUUUCGAAUGUUUGGUGAAUGCCUGUGACCUUGGAGUUGGAAGGAAGUGGCAGGCGGGAGGGGAGGGGAACUCUAUUUUGUAGCUAUGCUGAAGCAGUUGAAGGGCCCAAUUGUCCGUGGCUGAACUUCCCCAGGCAUGAGCGAAGUGCAACAAACGCCCUCCAAGCCUGAUAUGCCCCCGUCAUUGUUGGUUUUUUUGCUGCUUAGACUGAGUGUUAGGCUGCCUGUAAGUUCCGGAACCUCUGAAGGAGGCCUUCUGGCAGUUCCAGGACCCUCUCUGGUAUCUAGCAUCCCUGUUCCGGCGCCGGAAGGGCCAGAAGCCACGAAAGGGCCGAUUAAAUUGGAAAGACCUUCGGAAGGGUUGCUUAUCUGAUUUUUUGCUAGCUGAUAGCAUUGUUUUGUGUUUGUAGGAGGAUUCCACAAGGAUAUCCUGCAAGGCAGUAUCCCCAAACAGCUUCUUGGAAUCGUAAGGGACAGUGGACAAGUUAAGCUUUGACGUAGAGUUCUCUGUCCAGUUUUUUAACCAAAGGUGGUACCUGCAAACCACCAAGGAGGAUGCCACAUGUGCUGAGAACCUAAUAGUGUCCAGAGUGGCAUUAGCUAUAAAGGCUUGUGCCUUUUGCACCUUCAGCAAUUGCUGCCUCAUUUUAAUUGGAUCUAAUGGGGGAUUGCUCAGCAGAUCAUCCACCCACAGCAAAGAGGCGCAAGCUGCCAUGGAUGCUGCCGCUGCUGCACAUAUCACCAGAGAUGAAGUAUCGUGAACGCACCUAGGAGACAAUUCUGCUUUCUCGUCAGCCAGGUCCCAUAAGAGACCUCGCCAUCCCGAGGUACCAAGGACCCAGAUACCAACUGUGAUAUCAGUGCAUCCGUAUUUGGGUUUUUUAACAUGUCCGCCGUUGCCUGCUGAAAAGAAUACAGUGUAUUGGCAAUGAACAUGGCCUUGCGGUUGGAUGCUGGUGCUAGCCAUUCCUACCUAACCACAUCCGUAAAUAACUCCGGCAUGAGUAACAACAUGUCCUUGGGGCAUGCUCUUGGAAAAACCAGAUUCCCGUUCACUGAUCCCUCCGAUUUCUGCCCAGCAUCCAAUUUUAAACCAAUAGUUUUUACAAUUCUGGACAUAAGUUGACUAAAGUCCUCUGCCACAAAUAACCUUUGUGAAACAGAAGCAGCUUCCGCGUCAUCCCACCCAGACCAUUUCCCCUCCUCUCUAGAGGGGUUUCUGAAACUGGGUCAAGAUCCCCAACCUUAGGAAUCACCUCCUCUGAAUCAGAGGGUUGAAGAGGCUGCUCAGUAACCUGUACCCCCGUCUUACGGGUAACAAUAAGUCCCCUCAGGGCACAGAGUCCUGAUCCAUGGCAUCAGAAGAAUGGACCCUUGCAGUGUUGCCAGCCAAUUUAUGCGGUUUGAUACGCUUACGUUUGGAUUUGGAUUUUUUAGGUGGUGGGCUCACAGAGUCACUAGAGGAGGAACUGUCACUGGGAGAGCUGUGCCUUCUCCUCUUUUUGGACUUUCCCCUCCCCCUGAAUGGUCUGACUUGUUGGAUUGUGCCAAUAACGGCGUUACAAAACCAUGCCUGCCACUCAGGGGGCACAGUCUUGGGUAGGUUAGUAGACUUAGAACUGAAGGCCACAGAACCCUCCCCCUGCUGGCUAAUCCCCUUUGCCACAGCUUUUCCGCACCCUUUUACAAUUUUCAGUACUUUACCCAACCCCUCAGGCAAAAUGGCGGGCUUUUCCAUUGCGGUCGCCAUCUUGGAAGUCUGAGAGUAGGCUGCCGCCAUGCCGACCACGCUGCAAGCCAGCUCACCAAUCCUUUUAAUUUCUUCCAAAGUUGGGGGGCAGUUGGCAAAAGGGAGCUUCCUAAAACACUCCUUGUCUGCCUCUCCCUGGAGCAGCAUGGUACGCUGGGGCACAGUGGUGCGAGUCUCACAGCCUGAAGGCGGGAGAUCCGACACGGCUCCGGCGGCAGUUGGGACGGGCAGCUGGGAAGCGGCCAUCGCCGACAUGGGGCAAUCCAGCCCCUUCGGAGACUGAUCCGUGGCCGACAGGGCUGCAGGUACCCGAGACCGAGCUCCAGUGCCCUCCUGCGAAUGGAUUGGGCUACGGCUUGGUACUCGGCGUGUGGAAAAACAGGGCGGCGAGUGUUGGCACAAGCUCGCCAUGAGCGCCCUGAUGUGGCCUCAACCAUUCCAGAGGAGAAGUUCUCCUGCUCCCCCUCAGCUAUAACGAAAACACUCUCUCGCCUCUUAAGGCUUCGCUCCAAGCAACAAAGGAGGAGGGGGGAGGGGAAGAAACAGAAGAUACUAGGUUUUGUUUUGUUUUGUUUAUAUAUUCGGAAGAUUAGGAAUGCAAGGAAAGAGCUGGGGAAAAAGGAGUAAAAAUGGUUAGAAAAUGGUCACAAAUAGAGAGAAUAGUCAGAAAAGACACUGCCUAGGAGCUUGCAGAGGACAGAAAGAACUGGGCAGGGUUUCCCCCCUCAGGCUCAAUUGGGCGUGUCUUUUUGUAUUAAAACAAAUCACUUUCUGUCCUGCCUGGGAGCUCCUGAGAGGGAAAACCCAUGAGGUGUCCCUGGCCUCAGCAACCGAGAAUGUAGCUUUUAGGUGCUUUUUAGAAAGGGAGCCACAAGGGUAGAAUGAGAAGGAGCAAAUUUCUACAUGAAGCUGGCUAUCACAGGAUUUAAGUCCUAUUCACUUCUGUGUUAAUAUAAGAGCUGACUUGCUGCACUGGGUAAAGGUCCAUCUGUUCCAGUAUCCUUUUUCCAACUGCAGGCAGCCAGGAACUCACAAGCAGAGGAUGAAGGCAAUAGGUGUCUCCUGUUGAUUGUCCCCAAUGUCUAAAAGCUACUGUCCCUGAUUAUGGAGGUUUCAUUUACGUGCCAGGGCUACUAAUUGUUUAUAAGGCCUAGCCAAUAAAGGAUGGAAUCCCAGCUGGGUUUGAAUAGGCAAGCCUCAUGUCCGGGAACACAAUAGGCAUAAUCUGUUAGGAGCAUUUUGUGCACAAGACAGGACUGUUGUUUAAAAGGGAUGAGAAAAAUCAGGCACACACAGACCUUUUUCUUUAGUGCAGUUGCCUCUUCUACUUGAUAUGAUGCACUUAAAACAGCUGACAUUCUUCUCCAUGACAUUCUUGGACUGUCAUGGAACUUCCUAAGACCCCUUCAAGUAUUCCUGCCCACCCCCCUACCCGAUCCCUGUCUUUGCCUGUAUUGCUCCAGCUUCAACUUACAAUUGAGGCAAGGGAUUUUCUUCCUUCUUGAAAUCACUUGGCCUGUUCUAUGUAGGUUUCCUGGUGGUACUAUUGGUACUUGGGGAACCAUCCCCAUUCUUGUCUCCGCCCCCCCCCCCCGCGGUGUAGAGUUAGUGCAUGUAAACUUUUAUAUUAAAAAAAAAAAGCCUCAGUAUUAAGGGAUAUACAAAAUCUUACCAAAAUAAUAUUUUAUUGUUGCUCAUGUACAGUGGCUGGCCACUACAGAGGUUAGGGAAGGGGUACUUCUUUUGACAGAAGCACCCUGUCCCACAACCCAAGAUUUGUGUAUUGUCCAUUUUACUUUCUAGUUUCAUUGUUGUAUUUUGUUUUCCAUUGUCCAUAAUUUUUUUAAAUACAGGAUUUUGUUUUUCUGUUA